AUGGUCUCUCGACGACCUGAUUCUAGCUAUGCGUCAAACCUCCAAACGAAACACAAUUAUGUGGGAGGUGCUCCUCUAAGCCAGGCUGGGGGCCGGUUGAUAAACCAUAGAGAAUCGGUUUCAGGGCACAGUGCCUCGACAAGCAGGAAGAAUAAGCCAGAACCUGCAACGGACGACGAACCACUUAGCUCCACGGACGAAAGCGAACAAUUGAACACUCAUUCCGAAGUCUCACUUUCUCCUGAGCCUGAACCCAGACGGAAAUCAAACGGAUGGUCGCAAACCGAAACGACGGGCAGAUUGGAUAAACAACCACAAAGCGAAGCCGACAUCAGAGGCGAGGAUGAUAAACGGAACCCAAAGCGGAGGAAAAAAGCCGUUGAUACCCCGCGGAAAAGAGAAAAACAAUCGGGAAAGAUGAAGCCUUCUCCACCUGCGUCGUCUAAGGAGACUCCGUUUAGGGCUACUUUCAAAAUGGAAAGCGAUGCUCUUUUCUCUUGUCCUAGGCCUCCUCCAAUGAAAUCAUUUUAUGGAAGCGCCAAUCUACAUACUGCUUUGAAGAAGAAGCCAUCCAAACAGUUCAAAGUUCCUCCUUCUACCGCGAAUGAGGAUUCCGCCAUCCAUUCAUCCCAGAUCUCCUCAGAUGGCCCCAAAUUCAAAACUCCUCUAUCUUUUCCAAACGAAGUCACAUCUAGUUCAUCGUUUUUCAAUGGCACAUCACCGUUCGAUGAUGAUGAUGGCUCCUCAUUGUCCUCACUAAGUUCAGUAUCUUCUUCCGUAAGCCUUCAACUAUCACAAGCCGAAAAGCAAGCUCUUGAAUCCGCCACCCUCAGAGCUAAAGCGGUAAUUUGCCCCAUGUGUGGCCAGGCUGUUGAUCCCAGGUUCAUAGAUGAUUUAAGGUCCAAUCAGGGCCUUAGUUACAGGAAGAAAGCCCAGUUCUGCAGGGAUCACAGGAUCAAAGCCGCAAAGCAUCAAUGGGCUGAGAGGGGGUAUCCAAAGAUUGAUUGGGAAAAUCUUCACAAGCGCAUUGAGAAACAUUAUGCGGAGCUGGAUGAAAUUUUAACACGUAAAAAGCCUUCCUUUUACAGAAAUGUGCUAGAAUCUUCUCGUACUGGAAAAAAGAAAGGAAGCCUACGCUUAACGGUUGAUGGAGAUGGAGUGGAGAAAAUCUCACCUGGAUAUUAUGGCCCCUGGGGGGCAAAAGCUAUGAUGGAUGCCAUCAUUGGCCAAUUUGCGGGCAAAUUCAAGCGCCUAGCGCCUACCGAUAACCUGAUAAAAGCUGCUGGGGUAUCUGGAUUUGUGCAAUCCGUUAUGGUUCCGGAGUUAACAGUAAUGCUGGUUAAGGAUGAUAUGGACAUUGAAGACGCAGACGCUCGUCAGGUAAUGAGGGACAGCACGGAAAUUGGAAAUCUGAUCAAUGAGCAGCCAGAUGAUAUCAUUAAACAAGCUGUCAGAAUAUGA